CGGCCGAAAAUCUCUUCCAUUGGUCAAAACUGUAAAUGCAGCAGAAUAAGCGAAAUUGAAAACACGAGGGAGGGAGAAAGCAGCAACAACUAUUAAAAUCAUCAUGCAAAUCAACCAUGUCCCCCAAACCAGUCGUGCCAGAGCAGUAUUUCCUCGCCCCAACCCCUCACGUACCAAACAGCAGCCUCCCAAUCCUCCGGAAAAGAUACAAGAUUCCUCAUUUCCACACACAAUGUCAUGAAUACUAUGGGAUCAUCCAGGGCGGAUCAACGUAUAUGUUGGGCGUUGGACCGAAAGAUCUAGAAUUUGAUGACCAAGGCCGUCCCUACGGAAUGAAGCUGAGUGUGCAGAAAGGCGACGUGUUUGUACUGCCGGGGAUUUUGGAUUCGACAAACCAUCGCUUCGAUAUGAAUUACGCUCUGGGUUCUGACCCGACGGGGGUUCUGGGUGAUCUUAGUGAUGCGGUGCCGAUUCCUCCACUGGAUCCAUUAUAUGGGCUGGAAGGAUCUUUGCCACGUUUAUAGAAGCAGGCUAGGGUGUUGCGUGGUCGUCUCUGACUUCCUAUAUAACCCCCUCAUAUGCUAUUUCCAGUACAUACGACCACAGGGUGUGGAGAACAGGGCUUCCCGUCCGCUCAGCCGUACUUAAG